AUGGUGCGGGCGGCCGGAGUCCCUGGUAACGGAGCCGGGGCUGGGCCGGACGGCUUCCCGGCCAUGUGGGGCUGCGGGGGUCGCCGGCGGAGGCGGCUCGUGGGGGGCGUCUUCCUGCUGCUGCUGGGGGCCGUGGUGGUGCGCAGGUUUAACUGGAGCGACCUGGUCCCCAUGCGGAUGUGGGGCCGGGUGCUGGGUUUGCAGGCCGAAGAGUCGCAGUUCCUGCUGGAAGGCCUGCCCUUCCGCAUCUUUGGAGGGUCGGUGCAUUAUUUCCGGGUCCCCCGAGUAUACUGGAGAGACCGCCUGCUUAAGAUGAAGGCCUGCGGCUUGAACACGCUCACCACGUACGUUCCAUGGAAUCUUCAUGAGGCAGCCAGAGGGAAGUUUGACUUCAGCGGAAACCUGGAUCUGCGGGCUUUCAUUAAGACGGCUGCGGAAGUCGGGCUGUGGGUGAUUCUGCGUCCGGGACCUUACAUCUGCUCUGAGUGGGAUCUCGGUGGUCUGCCCAGCUGGCUGCUCCAAGACCCCAACAUGCAACUGAGGACGACCUACAAGGGUUUCACGGAGGCCAUGGAUGCGUACUUUGAUCACCUGAUGCGCAGAGUGGUUCCUCUGCAGUACAAGAAAGGGGGGCCGAUAAUAGCUGUGCAAGUGGAGAACGAAUACGGCUCCUACGCCCAAGACCCAAACUACAUGCUGUACAUCAAAAUGGCCCUGAUAAGCCGGGGGAUUGUGGAGAUGCUGAUGACCUCAGACAAUAAAGACGGGCUGUCCUCAGGCUUUGUGGAAGGAGCUCUUUCCACUGUGAACUUUCAGAAGCUGGAACCGGGUAUCUUGGUCUAUCUCAAUACAGUACAGCAGAGAAAGCCGAUGAUGGUGAUGGAAUAUUGGACUGGAUGGUUUGAUACUUGGGGCGGCCCUCAUAACAUCUUUGACGCCGACGAGAUGGUGAACACAGUCGAGCAAAUCCUCAAGUCGGGAGCCUCGAUCAACCUCUACAUGUUCCACGGGGGGACAAACUUUGGCUUCAUGAACGGCGCUCUGCAUUUCGAAGAAUACAAGGCAGACGUCACCAGCUACGACUACGAUGCCGUGCUGACCGAGGCCGGAGACUACACCUCCAAGUACUUCAAACUCCGCCAGCUUUUCUCUAAGAUCUUAGGAGAACCUUUGCCUCUCCCCCCUAUGAUUUCAACCAAGGCGUCGUACGGGGCAAUCCUGAUGCAGCAGUACGUCUCUCUGUGGGAAGUGCUGCCAUCUCUGGUAGAGCCCAUAAAGCUGGAGCACCCUGUCACCAUGGAGAACCUUCAGGUUAACAACGGCAAUGGGCAGUCCUAUGGGUAUAUCCUCUAUGAGACCCUUGUACCAGGCGGAGGACGGCUGUAUUCCAAGAACCACGUCCGGGAUAGAGCGCAGGUGUUUGUUAAUACGCUGUAUAUUGGCUACCUUGAUUACACCACACAAGACCUGCCAAUUCCUGAUGGACAGGGAUACCGGCUGCUCCGACUCCUCGUGGAGAACUGUGGGCGAGUCAAUUACGGACCCGUACUGAACAGCCAGCGCAAAGGCUUAAUUGGUGACAUCUUUCUCAACCAAACCUCCUUGAGGAAUUUCAAGAUUUACAGCCUGGAGAUGAAACCUGGCUUCAUGGAAAGCCUUCGAGGGUCUGCCUCUUGGGGCCCAGUCCCUGACAGCGUGGAGGGCCCGGCUUUCUUCCGAGGAACCCUACAAGUGCAAUAUAUGCCUCAAGACACUUUCUUGAAGCUCGAGGGUUGGGUAAAGGGAGUUGUGUUCGUCAACGGGCAGAACCUCGGUCGCUACUGGAAAGUCGGCCCUCAAGAAACACUCUACCUUCCAAAGACGUGGUUGCAUCAAGGAGACAAUGAGAUUGUGAUUUUUGAAGAACAUGUUGCAGGUCGGAUAAUCCAGUCCGUGGACUUGCCUUUCUUAGGAAGGACCCAGUACGUGGACUGAGCGGGGCCUU